AUGUCGUCUGUUCAUCUAUCUAAAUCUAUCUAUCUAUCUAUCUAUCUAUCUAUCUCAGUCUGUUCAUACGUCUGUCUAUCUAAAUCUAUCUAUCUAUCUAUCUAUCUAUCUAUCUAUCUAUCUAUCUAUCUAUCCAAAUCUUCUGUUCAUCUAUCUAUCUAUCUAUCUAUCUAUCUAUCUAUCUAUCUAUCUAUCUAUCUCAGUGACAACUGUCUAUCUAAAUCUGUUCAUAUAUAUGUCUAUCUUUAUAAAUUUGUUCAUAUCUAUCUAUCUAUCUAUCUAUCUAAAUCUGUUCAUAUCUAUCUAUCUAUUUCUAUAUUAAAAUUUGUUCAUAUCUAUCUAUCUAUCUAUCUAUCUAUCUAUCUAUCUAUCUCAGUCUGUUCAUCUAUCUCUCAAUGUAUCUAUCUAAAUCUGUUCAUAUCUCUCUCUCUCUGUUCAUAUGUAUGUAUGCAUUUGCAAGUAUUUCUUACCCCAACCAUUUUCAGCAAACACGAAUCUCUACUCGAUAUCAUUAUUGGGAGAUAUUUUUCAAACAACAUAACAUAG